AAAAAUAAUACGCAAGAUGCAGGGGAUGCAUUGAGAUGAAAGGAAAAUGAUAUAUUUCGCCAUCGUUUUCAUCCACAAAAGUUUUUAUGGAAAUGUUUUUUUCUACAGUUACACACUCAAAGGGAGAUGUGGCGGUUGAUUUGGCAGCAUCUCUGUUGAAGUUUUGCGCUAAUUGGUUGCUGUUUUUUAGAGGACGCUGCUGGAAAGUUGAUGAAUACCAGCUUCUCAGUCAUCCGGUGCGACAAAGAAAGUACGCCGCCCAGGAAGUCGUUGGCAUUUCAAUCGUGGAUCCCUUUUGACCCCGGAGCUAGCGCUGAAGAAUUCUGCUGUUGAUCUUUACAUUCCACGAGCGGAUUGAGAUUUGGAACACACUGUCGUUACGGGAGUUUUGGGGAACAAUAUGGCGGAGACCGCAGAAUCAGCUUCCAGUCCUCCGGCUGUAUCGAACGAUAGACUGGCCGAGAAAGGAUCCGGGUCAGUUGCCGACAUCACAGUGCCAGCUGCGACAGCCACUCUCCCAACCGAUUCUUCGCAGCCCCCUAUAACAUCUUCUUUUGCGGCCGUGAAUGCGCCUGUGCAAUCUGCUCAAGUGUCUCUCCCGCCCAUCGACAAGACUAUACCCUCGGCGGACGCUGCUUUGCCAGUCGCGGAGAUAACCAAGUCUAUAUCAGAGACGAUUCCGCUAGGGGCUCAGUUUUCGACUCAAGCAAGUACAAACGGCCCGGGAGCAGAGCAUGCUGCGACUGCGCCGGCCGCAGCCAACAGCGUUCCCGCAAGCCAGACAGUUUCUUAUCCGCCAGCCCCUACAUAUGCAUCACCGUCGAACGGUACAUAUCAAUACCCACAGCAGCCUGCUCAGCAGCAACAACAGAUCCAGCAGAACCAUGGAAUGUACUCCAAUCCUCAAGCUUCUUCCGUGCCGAUGAGUGCUCCGACGAUGCAGACAAUCGACAAUCACCCAGUACAGACACAGCCCGGACACGUUCCACAGGCCCCCAUCGGGUCUCCCCUGCCCUCGAACAUGCCCUCGAUGUCUUCCAUGGGCCAGUAUAUGCAAUCGUAUCCUGCGAAUCCAAUGGGGUUGGCAACGAACGCGCAAAUGCACUAUCAGCUAGGCGGAGACCCCAACAAGAUGCUAUCAGGCAGUAGACACAAGAAGGAAGUAAAACGCAGAACAAAGACAGGUUGUUUAACGUGCAGAAAACGAAGAAUCAAGUGCGAUGAGGGGCAUCCUGUGUGCCGAAAUUGUGUGAAAAGCAAGCGUGAAUGCUUAGGUUACGACCCUGUCUUCAGAGCGCAGCCAACUCCCUCUGCAAUACAACCGGCCCCGAAUCCCCCUCCCUCGCUCGUCGUUAAUCCUCAAGAUCCCGCAUCGUAUUCUGGUGCGCCUCCUGGCUACGUGCCGGCAGCGUCCCAGCCUUUCGCUCCAUCUUUACAGUCGGAAUCCCCUGCCCCAUCGACCGAGCAGUUUGAGCAGGGCUCUGCCGUUGACCCUUCGCUGCAAAGCAAGCCCAUUCCAGACAUGACUAGUCUUCAGAAUGCAGUUAGUGGAAGCUUGCAACCGCAGGUAACUACUGCAACGACCGGUACGACACCCACUGAUGCAUCUACCUUCAAAGUGAAACGAGUUCGGAUAACAGAUCUCGUGGCCCUAAGAGGCAUUCCCCCUCCCCCUCCUCAUCCUAUUAUCCCAAUCCAACCGGGCCGGCUAGACGAAAUACAGGCGGUCUUUCUCGCUACUUAUGCUCCUGCCAUCGACAAGUUUCUUGAGACAUGCUGGUUUCAAGAGAAGGGGCUGCCCCACCUCACGGCGAACGCGCAGCUUAUGGCAGAAUAUUCUGCGUUGAUCGAUGCAUUCAACGACAAAAACCUCCACGAUCCUAACGUCUUGGCGCGGUUAGAGAGCUUUGAGGCUUCGGUUGUUUGGAGCACUAUGACUCUAUGCCGACACGUCAUGAGCGUCUCCAAUGGGAGUAACGGAGCAGAUUACGAUCUGGCAUGCUCUUCAGCCAGACUUGAUGUGAUAGAGGCCUUGAUUACGGGAGAGCACUUGGAGUCGAAUCCGUUAUCUCAGUUUCCGGUUCGAGAACCCGCCGCCAAUCCCCCUUCACUCCCCGACCAACUUGUACAAAGGUCAUUGGAUUUCUGGAGUACAAUUGGCCACUUCUUGACACUUCACGAUGAUGAGGCAAGCUCGGCAAAGGAAAUUGAUGACACGCUGGCUCGUUCCCGAACGCUGUUGGAUACCUUUGAAAACCGAGACAUCAUUUAUUCCAUCGCAAUCGCGCGGCAUCUUGGGCAGCGCUGGGCAGACUUCCCUCAUAGCUUUCCGCAUCCCAUCACGACUAACGAGAAGGACGCGGGAGCCAAGCUGUACGUUGCGCAAAAGUUCCUUGAAGAGGAGGCUUCUGGGAAAGGAACCACACAGGUGGUCAGACGGAUUUGCGGAAUGGUAUUACGGUCGUGGAUAGUGUCGCGGGAAUGAUCUCAGGACUUUUUGAUUUUCGAUACAAAAUCUGCGAUUCGUUCAACUUCCCUGUUCCCUUCUUGCAUUUUGAUCCUCGAUGGAUAUUUUAAAAUCGCUAGAAGGCUUUACUUAAUUCCCUUUCAUCUUCCAUUGGCCAAUUAUGUUCUCUUUUUUCUUCUUUUUUGUGACAUUCUGCCAACGAUAUCAUUUCAUUUUCUCAUGCUCUUUUUCCAUUCCGUCCAUUAUGUCUGGGAAAGGACUCCGGCAGUAGCGCAAGGGCGUUUCUGGUGCACUUUUGUUCGGCCCCAUUUUGUACUAAAAUCCAGAUUCAGGCUAUACAUAGAUUCUUGGUAUUAUGUCUAUCUUCUACCACCAUUCAACGAUUACAUCAUGAAACUA